AUAAUCAUGAUUCGCCUAUCUAUGACGUGACUAAUAUCCUUGUGUCUGACCUCUGACAGCCGAACGUCAAUCGUAACUCGUUCACCGUUCACGACCAUUAUUAUUUACUCAGCAGCCGUUCGUUUCGUUUUUUGACUUGUCCAGAUACCGCUCACGCUUAUUUCAGUUGAAUCAUGGCUCGUACUAAGCAAACCGCUCGUAAAUCUACCGGAGGAAAGGCUCCCCGUAAACAGUUGGCAACCAAAGCCGCCCGCAAAAGCGCACCCUCCACGGGUGGAGUGAAGAAACCUCAUCGUUAUCGUCCAGGUACUGUCGCUCUUCGUGAGAUCCGUCGUUACCAAAAAUCCACCGAGUUGCUGAUUCGCAAGUUGCCGUUCCAACGUUUGGUCAGAGAAAUUGCUCAGGAUUUCAAAACAGACUUGCGUUUCCAAAGUGCGGCUAUCGGGGCUUUGCAGGAGGCCAGUGAAGCAUACUUGGUUGGUUUGUUUGAAGACACCAAUUUAUGUGCUAUCCACGCCAAACGUGUCACCAUUAUGCCUAAAGACAUUCAGCUGGCCAGACGUAUCCGUGGUGAAAGAGCCUAAUUCAUCCAUUACAUUCCUCUUAAUUGUAAUUUUUUUUAAAUUUGACAAUUUUCCUGGGUUGUAAUUAUACAUAUAUUUAUAUAUUUCAAAAACAUAAUAAUAACUAACUAUUACUAUUAA